UUGAGUUCCCUAUUUAAGGGAAGAAAAGCAAAUCCUUCAUGUGGAUGAAGAGAAGAAUGAAGAGUGUUGUGAGACUGUGUUUCCUGAUUUUCCUUUUAUUGGAAGCCAUGUGGUGUUGUGAAGGAUGUUGGAAGGAGGAGAGAGAAGCACUUUUAGGCAUAAAUCCCCUUUGGGACUCUUCUUAUUUCACUCCGAAUGUCCACACGGAUUGCUGUGAAUGGGAUGGAGUGUACUGCAACUCCUCCACAGGGAGAGUGGCGCAACUCCAUCUUUCUUAUAACUAUUGGAAUUCUGACAGCGAACAAUAUAUUAAUUACUCGGAAUUUUCUGUCUUGAAAGAUUUGAAGAACCUCAGCUUGUUUGGUAAUAUAGUUGGUUGUGUGGGCGGUAAAGACUUGCCAAAUCUCCAGCUCCUUGACUUGACGGGUAACACGCUAGAUACUGCUGCCCUUUUAUCUUGUUUGGAUGGCCUUCCAUCUCUUAAGUCUCUUUCUUUAAGACAUAACAGCUUCAAUACAUCUUCAUUGAACCACGUUUUUGAAAGUGUGUCACCAAAGCUGCAUAGUAAUCUGGAGGUUCUUGACAUAAGUGGGAACUAUUUGAGUAAUGACAUCUUGGCAUCCUUAGAGGGAUUCACUUCUUUAAAGGAACUCAAUUUGGCUGAAACUCAAUUGGACUCAGAUCUUAACAUUCAAGGUUUAUGCUCAAGAUUGAGGAAUCUUGAGAUUCUUGACUUGUCCUACAACAACUUCAACCACACUGAUAUUGGCUCUGCUCUUAGUGGACUCUCAUCCCUCAACUCUUUAUAUUUAAUAAACAGUCAAUUGAGUUGGAGAUCAAUUUAUAAUAUUUCAAAAUUGAGUUCUUUGGAAAAGCUUCACUUAGGCUCGAACAACUUGAACGAGUCUGGGAGUAUAUUGAGGCCUUUCAAAGAGAAUGACACAUUUAAAUGGCCAACCAAUUUACAACGCCUAAGCCUAUGGUCUAACGGUUUGAGCAACAGAUUUGUUUCAUUUCUGAGAGGCCUUCCACAUCUCCAAUUUCUUGAUUUAAGCCACAAUCAACUAGAAGGAUCGUUGGAUAUAAGCGAGAAUGACACAUUUAAAUGGCCAACCAAUUUACAGCACCUAGACCUGAGUUUAAACAGAUUAAACAACAGAUUUGUUUCAUCUUUAAGGGGCCUUUCACAUCUUCAAUUUCUUGAUUUAAGCCACAAUCGAUUAGAAGGAGUACUCGAUGUAACCGGAUUAUCGACUUUAUCCAAUUUGACGAAGCUUUAUCUAGGGGAUAAUGAUAUCCAUAAUUUUGUGGCCCAUCAAGGCCCAAUAAGUCUCAGUAGGUUGGAUUUUCUUGAUUUAGAUUGGAAUAUGAUAGAUGGAGACAAACUAAGAGAGUCAUUACGAGCUUUAUCAUCAUCCAUUAGAGAGCUUUCCAUAUCUGCCAAUUACUUGAAAGGAACAAUUGUAGCUGACGAUUUUCAUGAUUUAAGGAAGCUAGAACGAUUGACAUUGGAUGGAAAUAAUAACAUGAAGAAUGAAUUUUUCAAAAGUAUUGGAAACUUGACGUCCUUAAAAACACUUUCUCUUUCACACUGUCAUAUAAAUGACACCCUUCCCACAGCUGAUUGGUCUAAGAUGAAAAAGUUGGAAGAAUUAUAUCUAAUAGAUAAUGGAUUUGAAGGAUUUCUUCCCGAUUCUUUCGUUAACAUGACAUCUCUUCGGAAAUUGGAACUUUCUCAAAAUAAUUUCAUUGGAAGGUUUGACUCUAAAAUUGCAACACUUACAUCACUUGAAGAAUUUGGUUUUAUAGAAAACCAAUUUGAAGUUCCUAUUUCUUUUUCAUCAUUUGUCAAUCAUUCAAACCUUAUAGCCAUAAGGGGUAAAGGCAAUAAAAUUAUAUUGGACUCACAACACAAUUUGCACACUUGGAUUCCAAAAUUUCAAUUACGCAAGCUUAGUUUGUCUUCAAGCAUUGGAACUAGUUCUUUUCAGCUCCCCAAAUUUCUUCUUUAUCAAAAAGAUUUAAUUAUACUAGAGUUCACUAGUUUGAAGUUGGAAGGAAGUUUUCCUCAUUGGUUGUUGGAAAACAACACAAAACUGAUUGAAGUUACUUUUAGAAACUGUUCCUUGACUGGUACCAUGCAAUUACCAUUGCGUCCUCUUCUUGGAUUAUGGAAUAUUGAUGUGUCUAACAAUAUCAUAAUUGGUGAAAUUCCAAGGAAGAAUAUUAGUUCAAUUUUUCCAAAUUUGGAAAAUCUAAACUUGUCAAGAAACUUGAUCCAAGGUUCAAUUCCUCGUGAGUUUGGCCAAAUGAAGUUAUUGACUGAGUUGGAUCUUUCAAUCAACCAAUUGUCUGGAGAAAUAUCGGAUGACAUAUUUGAAGAUGGACAACAACUCACUACCUUGAUAUUUUCAAAUAAUAAGCUCGAGGGAUCCAUCUUUACAAUACCCGCUAAUUUGAAGUAUCUAUCAUUGAAUGAUAAUAACUUUAGUGGUAAACUUCCGAGAAGGAUCUUUAACACAUCUAUCAUUUCAUUGGACAUAAGCAAUAAUCAUUUUGUAGGACACAUUCCAAGAAUUUUGACAAAUUUUUCAGGAUUAUCAGAAUUUCGUAUGUCGAAUAACCACUUUCAAGGGUUCAUUCCAUUAGAAUUGGCACAACAACUUACAGAUCUAAGUUAUUUAGAUCUCUCCCAAAAUAAUUUGACUGGUCUUGUGCCAUCAUUUCUAAAUUCUUCUGUGAAAUCUAUCCAUUUGAGCAAUAACCAUUUAAUAGGAUUGUCUAAACAAAUGUUCAAUGGAAACUCUCCUUUAGUGAUGUUAGACCUUAGCUACAAUGAAAUAUCUGGCAACAUUCAAGAUUUAACACAAGACCUUAGUUAUACGAAGUUGAAUUUUCUCCUUUUAAAAGGUAAUCACAUUAAUGGGGAUAUACCUAAGCAAUUAUGUCAGUUGAUAUAUUUAACCAUGUUGGAUCUUUCAGACAAUAAAUUUUCUGGAGAAAUUCCCCAUUGCUUGGGGACAAUGCCGUUUGAUAAUAAGAACCUUGAUCCAUUAUUAAAAGCAUCAAAGGGAAGCUUCAUUAUUGAAGAAUAUAGUCAAGCACCAUUAGCAUCAGAGUAUAAGAAAGAGAAAGCAAGUUUCACUUCAAAGAGAAGUACUUAUACUUACAUAGGAAGCAUCCUUAUUUACAUGUCAGGAAUUAAUUUAUCCCAAAAUAAACUAAAGGGGAAUAUCCCAUACGAGCUUGGAAACUUGACAAGAAUCAAAACAUUGAACUUGUCUCAUAAUGAUUUGAGUGGACAAAUUCCAAAUUCAUUCUCGAAUUUGGAGCAAAUAGAGAGUUUAGAUCUUUCUUUUAACAAGUUGAAUGGUCAAAUUCCUCCAAAGCUCAAUAUCCUAAUCUCACUUGAAGUGUUAAGUGUGGCACACAACAAUUUAUCAGGCCCAAUACCUGAAUGGACAAACCAAUUUGCCACAUUUGAUGAGAGUAGCUACGAGGGUAACCCAUUCCUUUGUGGACCUCCACUACUAAAGAGUUGCAAUCUAUCUUCUACAAUUAUUCCAAAUGAGACAAAUACUCACAAAGGUAAUGAUAGUUUGUUGGACAUCUAUGUCUUUUGUAUGAGCUUUGUCGUGUCAUACCCAUUAGCACUGAUAGCAACCAUUGGAGCUUUAUACAUCAAUCCUUACUUGAGGCAAGCAUGGUUUUACUACAUGGAAUUGGUCAGUUUAAAUGGUUACUACUUUAUAGUGGACAAUUUUUGUAGGCUUUGUAGUGUGAGAAAUAUAUAACGUGUACUUGUAUCCCCAAGAUAUUUGUUUUAGAUUGAUUCAAUAAAG